AACUGAGUGGUAUUUCACCGCGAUGGGGCGCUUCAUUUCAAGAUGGCCGCGCCCACGCCGCGCUCGUCCGCCCGUGUUGCUCCUAAUCGUGCACGUGCUUCGAAGAAACGUCUGUUGAUGAAACGAUGAAACUACGCACUACGUGGUGAAAUAGAGCAACACUUUUCACGUUUAAGAUGGGACAGGUACGCAACUAAUCAAGGCGUGUCGACCGUUCGGAAGUGAGACGCAUCGAUUCAGUCCCCAAGCUCGCAAAGGUCCACCCGCAGAAUCUACAGCAUGACAUCAGAAUCGAGCAACUCUUGUAACGUGUCAAUUUUCGUGUGCGCGCACGAGGGUUGCGACGCAAUGUUCACCAAGGGAACCCGACUCAACUGGCACAUGCGUCUCCACACGAACGAGAGGCCCUUUGCGUGCACUUUCGAGGGGUGCUCCAGCAAGUACACCAGGCAGUAUCACCUGACACGGCACGUCAAGGCGGUGCACACACCCAAGUCCCAGGCAGAAUCUCCGCAAGAUCUCAGGUGCCCCCUCGAGGAGUGUGGGAAGCAGUUCUCUUCCAAGCACACGCUCUACAAGCACGUCAACAUCUCGCACAAGAAGCGGCGAUUUAAGUGCGAGCUCUGUCCAAAAACGUAUGUCAAGCACCAGCAGCUGAAAAUUCACAGCUACGAGCAUACCAAGGUGCUGCCUUAUCCGUGCACGGAGCCUGGAUGCGACAGGGCGUUCUUGCUGCCAAGUCGACUGAAGGCCCAUCAGCGUUGUCACCAAGGCUACAAGUGCACUGUAGGCGGAUGUACGCGGGUCUUUUCUAAGUGGAGCCUUCUGCGGAAACACCGUAAAGUGGACCAUCAAAAGAGCUUUUCCUGCCAUUGGUGCGACCGGGUCUUCUACUCCAAGUCGAGCGUGGAGUCGCACCAGGAGACGCACCAGAGCGACCGGGAGACGUUCUGCUGUCCGCACGAGGGCUGCGGCCGCUUCUACCUGCACCAGCGGAACCUGCACGACCACAUCCGCAAGGCGCACGAAAACAAGAGGUUUGCGUGCGACGCCCCGGGCUGUUCCCGAACCUUCUUUGCCAAGCAAACCCUCGUGCGACACAAGGCUUGCCACGACCCCGACCGGCCGUUGCCCCCCAAGAAACGCAAGAAAAAGGCGAGAAGGCGGCGCAAGAUAAACAUCCCAACGAAAAGCGCUGCAGCAAUCCUGUCCGGGCAUGCGGCCUCUCCUAAAGAAGAGUACAAGCUUCUCGGCAGUACGUCGGAUUCAGAGCCAGACAAGGGACCGGGGUCGGGCACAGCAAAAAAGCCACAUCCAGAUUUGGAGACAGAUCCAAAGCCACAUCUGCAGCUCGAGUCACUCAAUCAGAUAAUAGUGUUGGACAAUGAAAAACCAGUGGCGGCAGAAGUAAUUCCACAGUGCACCAACAUCAGCGACGGUUCUAAGGUCAUCUUGAGUGUGUGCACUGCAGAUUUGAAUUCAAUUCAAUUGUGCUGAAUAUAAUUGCUUCUCAAGUCAGA